GAGAGGAGGAAAGGAACCGUCCCCCUGUCAGAGGCAUGCGGGGCUCGUCCUCUCAGACCUUACGUCAGCCGGGGCUCUUUAACAGGCUGUCAGGCCGGGACGCGGGGCAGAGGAGCUGCGGUGCGGGACGAGGAUGACAGCGGCGGGACCCGGAGCAGGAAGGUGCGCACCUGCGCUCUGCGGCGCGUCGUGCGCUUUUUAAACGGGACCAAUUCUGGAUUCAAUGCAUCUGCACAUCUCCACCAGUGAUGAGGUGGCUCCUGUUGUGGAUUCUAGCAGCAGGCGGGAUUCAACAGGCCUUCUCCCAGAAUUCCACUGCCAUGCCGCCUGCCACAGGCUUCACGUCCCCGCCCGCGGACCCCUACAACCGGACACAGUACUGCAAGUGGCCCUGCGAGUGUCCGAGGGUCACCCCCACCUGUCCCCAGGGCGUGAGCCUCCUCAUGGACGGCUGUGACUGCUGCAAGACCUGCGCCCGGCAGGUGGGCGAGGUGUGCAACGAGGCCGACACGUGCGACUACCACAAGGGACUGUACUGUGACUACAGCUCGGACAAGCCUAGGUACGAAAAAGGAGUGUGUGCAUAUAUGGUGGGAACGGGCUGUGAGCACGACGGUGUGAUCUACCGGAAUGGGCAGAGCUUCAAGCCCAGCUGUAAAUACCAGUGCGUGUGUGUGAACGGUGCCAUCGGCUGCGUGUCGGUGUGCACAGAGUCCCAGCCCCCCCGGGUGUGGUGCCAGACCCCACGUCGGGUCAAAGUUCGGGGACAAUGCUGUGAGCAAUGGAUCUGUGAUGAACCCAAGAGGGGUCGCAAGACGGCGCCGCGACACGCAGUGGAGGCUUUCACAGCUGAGACUGGGAGCUGGCACAAGAACUGCAUUUCCCAGACUACCUCAUGGAGCCCCUGCUCAAAGACGUGUGGCCGCGGCCUGUCCCUGAGGGUCUCCAACGCCAACGAGCAAUGUGAGCUGGUCAAAGAGUCCCGCCUCUGCAACCUGCGGCCCUGCGAGGUGGACAUCACCAAACACAUCAAGCCAGGGAAGAAGUGUCUGAACAUUUACAGGGAGGAUCAGCCCUCCAACCUCACCAUCUCUGGCUGCACCAGCAAGAAGCUGUACCGGCCCAAAUACUGCGGCGUCUGCACGGACGAGCGCUGCUGCAUCCCCUACAAGUCCAAGACCAUCGACGUGGAGUUCGAGUGUCCGAACGGGACGGGCUUCACCUGGAAGAUGCUGUGGGUCCAGGCCUGUUUCUGCAACCUCAGCUGCAAGAACCCCAACGACAUCUUCGCUGAGCUGGAGAGUUACUAUGGUUACCCAGAAGUCAUGAACUGAAGAAGCGACAUGUCAGCUAGAGGACGUCUGGACUUAUCUCCACCUUCUUUUUCUCAUGCAGUGUUUUGUAUUUGUAACGUGUCAGACGGAGGGAAGGGAUUUUCAUGUGGUCUUUUUUUCCUAUUGGAAAAAUCUGUAAAUAUGAAAUAUAUAUAUAUAUAUGCGUCUCCAGAACGGAUUCAUAAAGCAUGGUGUGCUUUGCAAAUGAAAAUAUUCAGCCACUGAGUGUGUGAAAUAUUGAAAGCUUAAUUUAUUCAUGUAGCUUUCGGAAAUGUAAUAAUAUAUGUGAUGUUCUCCAGCUGCUUUCAGAACAUCUGUAAACUCACAAGUCGAAUACACGAUGAGGCUUUACUGAAGAUAUGUUUUCCUUAUUUUUCUUUAAGUGAAAUGCCAAAGACAAAGCCUUACGUUUGAGACUGUUUUUCUUUACAAAUGAAAAUAUCAAAUAAAAAAAAAGACGCAAUCAGGGAAGAUCUGUUA